AUGGUGGUUCGAGAGGAUAAACCACUCCUCGCUACAGAAGACCAUAAACCUUAUCUACCUAUUGAACGUAAACUACUCUCUGAGGCGGGUAGCCAUGUGGUGUUAUCUCGAGUGAACGGAUCACUUGCUGUUUCAAGAUCCCUUAUUGAUUUCGAGUACAAACAAGUGUAUAGCCGCGGAGCUACUGAGAAGCAUGUCUCUCCUGAACCGGACGUACGUGUGGUCGAGCGAAAGCCCGAUCGCGACCAAGUCCUCGUCCUAGCGUGUGAUGGAAUUAGGGAUGUAUUUGAAAACGAUGCUCUCGUCACAUAUGUACUUCAGCGGCCACGGUGCGUCCCCAAUUUGGAUGAAGUGUGUAAAGAAAUCCUGGAUACUAGUUUACAUAAGGGUAGCGAAGACAACACGUCCGUGCUGUUGAUCGCUCUCGACGGUUACCCUACAGUUAACCCCUAA